UUCGACUCUGGAAUUAUGAACAGAGCUGGUCAAACCUACACGUUGUUAUAACAUAAAGACAACUAAACAUGGAGAUCAAAGCUCACAUUCUCGUAGCCUUCCUCGUCUCCCAGGUUAUCCUAGUUGCAUCUGAAGAAGAAGUGGAAUGUGUACCUGGCUUCCAGGAAAAAAACUACGAAUUGGAGUAUGGUGUAGGCUUUAGAAAAGAAGAAGCCCUUCUGAAAGUGCAUUUUGAUGACUGCGCAGGGAACGAAAACGUGAAGUUUGAAGUCUCGCAUCCGUACCUCACAGUGGAUCAAGAUGGAUCCCUGGUGGCCCUCAGAGACAUCACAGACACAGGAUCGUUUCUGUUCAUCCACGGACGAACUGCUCACGCCGAUGAUAUGGCAGAGGUCAAAGUCAUUGGGGCACCGCACAGAAUUUCUCAGAGCUUGAAGGAGAUCCUGGGGCUUGGGCAAAGUCCAGCGUACAGCAGGAAAAGACGGUCCCUCCUGGCUCCACCCAUGUAUGUAGCAGAAAAUGAUAGGGGCCCUUUUCCUAAAUUCAUUGGCAAGUCUCAUGUAAUAUCCAGCGAUCCGCAGGAAGCCAACAUCUUCCGGCUGACCGGAAAAGGAGCCGAUCAAGACCCCAAGGGGGUUUUCAGCAUCAGCCGGCACACGGGCGAAGUGUACGUCAGCCAUCCCCUGGACCGUGAAAGGAUCGCCACCUACCAUAUGCAAGUAGAGACAACCGACUUGAGUGGGAAGAUUGUGGAAGGCCCAGUGGCCCUGGACGUGUUUGUUAUUGACCAGAACGACAACAGGCCCAUUUUCAAGGAGGGCCCAUAUGUCGGUCAGGUGCUGGAGGGCUCCCCUACAGGAACCACAGUGAUGCGAAUGACUGCAUACGAUGCAGAUGACCCCAACACCGACAAUGCUGUGCUUCGAUACAACAUCGUUAGACAGACCCCUGACAAGCCUUCACCAAACAUGUUCUACAUCGAUCCAGAAAAGGGCGACAUCGUCACUGUGAUCUCCCCUGGGCUGCUGGACAGAGAGACCAUGCCCAGCCACCAGUACGAGUUGGAGAUUGUUGCCAAAGAUAUGGCAGGGAGUGAUGUGGGCUUAACUGGCACUGCUACUGCCACCAUCACAAUUGCAGACAAGAAUGAUCACCCACCUGAGUUCACCAAGUCUAUGUUCCUGGCAGAGGUGAAUGAAGGGACCACAGGGGUGAUCGUCAAUUUAACCGUUGAAGACAAGGAUGACCCAACUACUGGAGCCUGGAGGGCAGUAUAUUCCAUCAUAAAUGGGAACCCAGGCCAGAGUUUCAAAGUCAACACCAACCCCAGCAAUAAUGAAGGCAUGCUGUCUGUGGUGAAGCCUCUGGAUUAUGAGAUUUCUGCCUUCCACACGCUUCUGAUAAAAGUGGAAAAUGAGGAUCCCUUAGUUCCUGAUGUGUCUUAUGGACCCAGUUCUACAGCUACAGUGCAGGUCACAGUCCUAGAUGUCAAUGAAGGUCCCAUUUUCUACCCGGACCCAAUGAGAGUCACCAAGCGGGAGAAUAUUCCCAUUGGCAGCCCUGUCACUACUCUCAACGCCUCCGACCCUGACUCGCUGCAGACACAAAGCAUCAAGUUUGCAGUACUGAAGGACCCCGCAGGCUGGCUCGGUGUUCACCCUGUGAAAGGAACUGUCAACACCACCGCCAUCUUGGAUCGCGAGUCCCCCUACGUUCAGGACAACACUUACACUGCUGUCUUCAUGGCCAUGGACAAUGGCAAUCCACCUGCCACUGGCACAGGCACACUGGUUAUCACCCUGGAGGACGACAACGACAACCCCCCGUCCGUGUUCCCCGACGUGGCUCGGGUCUGCGAAGACUCCAAGGACCUGAACGUGGUCAUCGUGGGCGGCAGGGACAAGGACAUUAGCCCCAACGCUGCUCCCUUCAAGAUCGAACUGGGCAAGCAGCCUGGGCUGGAAAAGACAUGGAAAGUCACCAAAGUCAACAGUACCCACUCUCAGGUCAGCCUCCUGCACAACCUGAAAAGAGCCAACUACAACUUGCCCCUCAUCGUGACAGACUCCGGCAAGCCGCCCCUGUUCAACAGCACAGAAAUCAAAGUGCAAGUGUGUACCUGCAAGAAGAACAAGAUGGACUGCAGCAGCGCUGGCACCCUGCACAUCAGUGUGGCCCUAGUCCUCUGCUUUUCCUUCUUCGCCUUGUUCUGCCUGUAAGUUUUGCUGGAAGUUGAAAGUCAACGCUCUGUGUUCCUGUCACAGUACGGAAGAGAAAUUCACACACACAAAAAAAAAAUCCUAACAGUAAAAAAUAUUAGAUUUGCUAAUUAAGGCCAACCUCUGAAGAAUACAGUCUGCCAGGUCUCCAGUUUACAUACAAGUAAGCCUGACUUUGCUCCAAGCACGAUCUUAUUGAGCCCUCCACCCUGCUCUCCUUACAAACUCCACUGCUGCCCUGCUGCCUCGGUCUACUCUGCUUAUCUCCACAAAUGGACUUCGCUGCCUGAAUUAACUUUGCAUCUGUUUUUUCAUUCUCGUUUCCUCCGUUUCCUUCUUCGGCGUUUACUUAGAAUAUGCAGGGCAUCAACACUACAAACUUGAACUUCUGGAAAGAAAGCGAGUGACGUUUUCUGUUGUAAUUUUGCAAUGUUGUCACGGAGUACUGUAUUUGAUGCCAUUUCCUAAUGUUGGGAGGGAAAAAAACAACAACAAAACCCUGUUUUGUCUGCAUUUUGGUGGUCUUCUGGCCUAAUUCUGGCACACGGUGAUGGAACUCUGGGUUUAAAUUUUGUUUUCCGUUCUGUUUUUAUUGCAUUGUUAUCAAGUGGAAUACAGCAUAACCUGUUUAGUAACAGUGUAAAAAUUACAUGGUAUAAUUUUUACCAUGCUUAGACUUUUAAGUGAUGUACUGUUGGUACAGUAGCAGGCCCAACCUUCACCACAAAAAAAGAAGAAAAAUAACUUUUAUUUUAAACAAUUAUGUGUUUUCUUUGACUUACUCCCUCUAGUCUCCCUCUAAUUUGUGUGAGACAUAGUUUUCAAGUUGGCACUUGCUACACUCCCCUUCUUCCUGCUAGUUAUGCCAUUUUCGGGUCACACACAAAUACAGAAUAAAAGGUCAAAGGCCAUUUUUUUAGGGUCGUAUGUAUUGUGUUCGUAAAUUGUGUGUGAAAGACCCCAUAAGUCAUGAGCAAACGAAAAUGACGUUAUGAAUGAGUUAUAUCUGUCUUUUGCACUAAUUUAAUAAACCCGUUACUGUAUCCCUUACAACAAGGUGUAAGAUAUCCUUUAUCAUUCUGGGCACAGGGGCUACUCCUGCGCUAUAGGCCUUUUAUUGCAUCGAGGACCUUAGCUGGUUAGGACGUAUAGUUUGAUUCCAGCAGAAAUGUGGAGUGAAAUGAAAGACUAGAUCAAAUCCUUUUCGAAAGCAUUCAGAUGGUACUCCACCCUCCUGUCAUCCCCUAUUAUCAAGGAUUUAAGUGGAUGGGUAAAAAAUGGCAUCUUCAGUUAAUUCUUCUGACAUAACUUCAGGUACUGUGAGCAUCAGCAAAUUGAAUUCAGUAAGCAUGGAUCUGUCAAAGUGUUUCUUUUGGUUUUGAAAAAUUCCAGGGGCUUGUUACCAUUUGGCCCAUUUUUCUCAUUGAAAAUCCAGUCAAAUCGAAGUCAGAGUAAAACUGUGACUUCGAUUUGGCAGUGAUGGUAGUUUUAUGUCCCUUUAGGAAUGAAAUUCUAAAACGCUCAGCAGAUCAUGGAGAGUGCAUUGGAGAUGCACUGUAACUUCUGUGGGACGUCAUUAAUUUUGCUUCAAGCUGUGUUUGAAAAUUUAUUUCAGUUGUAACCAAUUUGGCAUAAAAUUGUUUGAUACUAAUAUUUAAAAAAACACAGUACGCUUAUCUUUAAAAUCACUAUAUACAUAGAUUUUUUUUAAUUCUCUAUUCUUAUUCAUUAGUCUAGGACCUCCUUCCUUUCAGUCCAACAAAAUGUUUUCCAGCCCUUCAAUCUAGAGAGCUUUGGUUGGUGCCCUAGUGAGCCUAAUUAGAAAGCAUUAUUACUCCAGGCCUAGCUGAGCUAACAGAAACCUGCUCAGUAUCGUGGACAAUAAAUCAAUCCAAGUCAUUUUUCCCCUCAAAGUAUAUUGAAGUCUCCAAGUUGUUGCUUUUUUCUGUCUAUACCCCUAUUCAACACACAGCUUGUCAUUACUGCCUCUUGAAAUCUUUGAUUUCCAAACUUUCUUAGUCACAAUGUAUUCUAUGUUAGCAUGCUCUUCCACCCUUAUGUUAACAACAGUCUGGGACAGCUAUGGCUUCACACAGUAAACUGUGUUGGUCCCUAGUCUUUUCUUUGGACAUUUAUGUAUUUAAUUUGGCAUUUUGUCCUACAGUGAUAAAUUUCAGAGAGUGCAUAAAGACAGUACAGUCCAUUGCCAGAAUCUACUAACUUCAGUUUCAGAAUCUCUUUGCAGGGAGGCUUUCAAUGUCAGAAUCUCUAGCCAUUAUUUCAUUUGCAUCCCUUCACUGUUAUCAAAAAGUUGUGUCUUUUGACUUUUCAUUGAUUAUUUUACUGCAAUGGAGGAGUUUGUAUAACUUUUUCUUAUCAUGAGUUUUUGACAAUAAGUCAUAUGCAUUUUCCAUCCAGUUCUUCUACAGUCUUGCAGUAGUGUUUGGCAUUUCGGGGGCUUUUGAUUGUUAUGCCUUUGGAAUUUCCAUCCAGCCUUUAUCAAUAACUGCUUUAUCCUAUAGGGGGCUGCAGUGAGCAUGAGUCCAACCUGACCGACACAGACUCCAAGAUGGGCUGCACACCCUGGACUGGACAUCAGCCCACCAUGCACAUAUAAACACAGGAAAAAUGUAGAGCUACAGUGUCGACCUUACCUGCCCCAGCCCCUCCCAGCCAGAUAUCAAAACAAAGAAUCUGCGAGUUGUGAGGCUGUAGUGCUACAGUAAAUCAAACACUCAGCUGUCUCCUUUGUAAUUUGUCCCAGCACUUUCACUUACUACUGUGCAUAUUCUACUUCAGGAGGAAUCACGGCACCCAAGAAUUAGAUGCGUUUGAGGAUGUUGAUUGAGUAUUUAGGCCACUUGGUGAGGGCCAGCCCUCUCACCACAGGAUGCGGACACUGGGAUCCCCAAGUUAACUUAACCAAGGGGUCUCUGCAGAGAGUGACAGAGUGGGAAGGAUGAGGUGCAAGGUGAAAUGUGAAAAGGAAAGGGUUAAAAGCCAUUAUAUACAGCUAUGAGAAAUGACGUGGGUGAUGAUUAUGAUAUAAAAUUGCUUGGUUGGCGUCAUCCCUCCCAAAUUUUAGUUACAAACGUCCGCUGAUGUGUUUUCGUUAAUUCAAUGCUGAAAAGUAAAACAGGACAAUAUAGUGUUUCUGCUGUGGCUCUUUAUAUUUUUUUUCUGCUUUUCAGCAUGGAAUUGACCCCUGCUACUUCUUUUAAACCUGAUAUCUCGAAAUAAAGGAUUUAAGACCCUUAUUAGGUUUUCCUCAUCUCUGUUGAUUAAACAGGAUUGAAUGCGUCUCAGAGAAUAAACCUUCCAAUUUUGCAUUCUAGCCAAUAUUUUAAAGACAUACAUGAGACAUUUUGGUGCUUUUUAUGUUCUUUUGAUAUUUGUUCCUGACUACAUGAAAGAACGAUGAGCAGAUGGAAUCCAGAAAAUAGACUGUAAACAAUUUUCAGUCAACAUUGGAUGCUCAAACUUUCCUGUAAGAAUAAAGGUAUAAUCAGAUAGAGCACAAGGUAGAAAUAUUCCCUGUAGAGCCUUUUUCAGUCUGCUUACGCCCCCUAUACACAGUACUACUGUAUUUACUGCUCAGCACAGGGAUCGCCACAUGUGUCAACCACACCUCUGCCUCAUCCCUAACAAAAAAGAAAAAACAUCUUGAAGACUUCAAUUCAGUAUUACACAGAUAUUUAGUGUGGGACAAUGCAUAUUCCUCUGGGAUAUAUAUGCAAACAAUAUGUGUCCACAGGAAUACAAUCCAUAGGCGUUUCUCUUCAGGAAAACAAGAAGUGCAGAGACUUUUUGUAUUUUUUCUCUACUGUCUGCAACCCCCUUUUGAGAUUAUCCAGUGAUUCCAGGCGUACCUACUCACAUCAGAUAAAACCUUGUGCAGUAUAUACAGCACACAAUGCAAUGCAGCGGCCAUGUUAUCUCCAGUUCUCUUUCAAAUCUUGUGGUGCUUGUUCCUCACUCUCACAAGUAUUUUAACAACUUUACGUUUUAGAGGAAUUCUUUCCACACAACUGUUAUUCUUUUCCUAAACCUGAGGUUCAGAACACAUGUAUUUUUCAUUUACAGCAGUGGGUGUCUGUGGUUCUUAGUACUAGUAAUUUAGUUGUUGAAGUAUUUCACAGUGAAGCACAGUGUGGCUCAGUGAACAUCUAUAUAUUUUAGUUUGAUAAAUACACAUACACUUCUUUGACUCCAGUUAGCCAGGAGUAGAUCUGAAAAGGAGUUAAAGUGUCAAUUAUAUAAACAGUCUGUACAUGUCCAUAUCUAACAUUUUAUGUUCUUGUGUUUCUUUCAUGACAAGCACACUUAAGGGAAAAAAAAAAACAUUUCUGUCUUGAUAAUUGAUAAUAUAUUAUGCUUCUUGUCUUAUUAUAAAGAUGUCAUACUAUGACAAGAUACAAACCCCGUGCACUUACCAUAGACCUCUAUGUUCAAUACAUACUGUGCACAGUGCUUGAGUUGAAAAUUCAAUUGAUUAGUUAAUAUAGUACAAAUUGUAUUAAGCAAUUGUUUGAUGGGGUACCUGACACGUCUACCAAAUGCAAUUAGUAAAUGUUCAAUUGCUACGAUAAGAGUAAGGCCUUAAUUGUUUUUUUUUUUCUGAUGUUUGAUAAGCACUGCAUAUUUCUAAACAAGACUGCAAGGUUUCAUUUCAUGGGAUAUUCUGUCUCACGGUCCAGCUCCUCUCCUGUACCUCUAUGACUUGCCCUUCCUAUCCUCAGUACUUCCUGAAGCCAGAGCUGUGGUCGUGCCCACUAGAACAACUGCAUGAGAGCUAGAAAGACUAGAAGCUUUCACUUUGGACUGCUGAAAGCUGUCAGGGACAGGAAAAGACAAGUGUAAAUACAUGUUUUUAAAUCUAUGUGGGAGUUAAACAGAAGGGCAACAAUAAACAAAAUACUUAUUGACACCUGUAAAAUGUUACCUGUCCACACAUGGAACUGUGAGCAUAGUUUUGUUCUCCACCCGUUUGUUUAAAAGUGAUUUUGAAUAUCAGUGUAACCUAAGAGAUUUUUGAAUUGGGGUAAUGUUUCUGCAUUGCACUUUUGCUUUGUCUCCUGAGGGAGUUAUAAAAUAUUGAGUACAGACUGAUGCCUUUUGACUUUUUGUUCCCGAGCGCUGUUAAUGAGUGUGGAUUUCAAAUUGUUUGUGAUGAUAUUUGUAGUAACCUGAACAGACACUGUUUUUGUUUUGGGAUAUUUCUGAUCUCACAGAAUGUGACUUUACCCUUAUUUUCAAUAUAUUAUAUUUUUAGUCCAUGCUAA